AUGCAGUACGCCUCUGUGUUGAAGAACUCUACAUUUCUGUCAAACAUUAAUCUCAAAUAUACCUCAAGGUAGGAUAAAAAAAACAUAUUAAAAAUAACUUUGACUGCCUUAAUCAGGUAAAAAGUUGAGAUUUUAUGGCAUUUCCGGGUUAAAGUUGUGUAAUUUCCUGUGGUUUUAGUCAACAUCAAGCAGAGCAGUGGAUUAGCUCUGGUGUUAGCCACACGAGUGUACCCGAAUGUAAUGGCGUUUACUAUGGCUAUGUGCUAUUCGAGACUCAAAUUUUUUCGGUCGCCAUAUCUACUAUUUUCAAAACAUGUCUGUUUCUCACGCAUUUAAAUGAACAUGGUGAUGUCCACCAAGUUGCACCUCUUCAACUAUGGAACAGGUAGGAAUCAACUGAGUUCCUCCGAGAGUUCAGAAGCUGCUUGCCACGCGCAAGCCAAUCAAAUAAAGUAUAUCUACUGAACAGCCAAUAAAAAAGCAGCAUUGCUGUAUCCGGGUAGAUUUUGAUAUCUUACGGUUUGACAACAGAAGAAGACAGACACUCGCCGUAAUAGAGCAGGUUUUUAUAAGGACGAGAUAGACCCGAUGAUUACAGUAAGAGACCUCAACACCUCAUGGCAUAUAAACUCAUAUGAUAAACUAAAGCCCUAUGCUAUUGCUAUUAACAGCUGUAUUGACGGAUUUAGCCUCUGUACAGCCAUUUCCAGCCAUUUUCCCCUCCACAAAAGCAGCAUUUCUCAUAUAUCUCAAAUAUAAGUUCUGAUACUCGUGACAGUGUAAUGCUCAUGUACCAAAAGAUUAAGUAUCUCCAUGUAUGUGAAACCUAUUCUAAAGUACAAUUCAUCUAAAUGCUCCACAGUGCUGAUUUUAACAACUCUCCUUCACAACAGGUAACUUUACGACUUAAUACUGAUAUUAAUGACUUUAUUCUCCCAAAUAAUAACUUUAUUCUUUAAGAUUUAAAAACUUUUUUUUUCUAAUUGUGCCCCUUAUACUCCGUUGUAUUAAGAGAUAAUUAUACUAAUAAUUAUCUUCAAUCACGAAAAAUAACCUCCACUUUACUUCGAGUGAUAUUUAUAUUCCAUUUCCAUACAAUGUGGGCGUGUCUAGUAUCUGAAGUAGUAUCUGAAGUAGCAUGCUACUCGCUCCGGUGGCCAAUUCGUACAUGCUAGAUACUACUUCGACUACUACUUCGACUAUCAUUUGGCAAUUCGGACACAGCUAUAAACUUGUGAACUCGUUCUGCAGAUCGACAUCCUUUACAUUCUAAGGCACUUAUAAUCUACCACUACUGUUGUCUUAUAUUAAUAUAUUGUUUACCAUCCAGCUUACCUGUACACAAUGACAUACAGGUGAACAGGAGCACAUGCUGCAUCUUCUGUCAACUCUCACCAUGUACUAACCAGACUUCUUCUACCGUCAGCUACUGAUGCGUGAAAUACAGAGCGCCCUCUGCUGGCGAAACUCAUAUUAAGCUGGAUUCAAACCAAACAGACAUAACAGUAGUGUUCCUGUAGAAAGUUACCUUUAAGUUACCUUUAGAAAUAAAAAUAAAAUGGGGGGGGCAACUAUUUUUAUUCAUCCAUCUAUAUCAUAGUGCCACAAUUGCAUAUACAAGUUUUGAAUCACUUAGAUUUAACAAAAACAGGCUAAUAAACUGUAUGUGCUGCAUAUUUGUCAGUCAAAUGUAAAUGAAACUAUUGAGAAUGAGAUUUAUGUAAUGAUUGCAAUAAACCCAAUGUGUUUUGAAUAAAUAAUGACAGAUUUAAGUAUCCAUCAUUGAUAACUCCAAUUUUGGCUGCAGCCACACACUCACAUGCAUGUUGUCUAAUUUCUUAUUACACAUGCAAACCAGACUCUGACAUCAUUAGAAACACCUCAAAGAGUUUUGGAUGACAUAAUUCAUGGUCAACGUAAUAUGAAAAAAAAAAUCAAAAUUCAUCCCAGCAAGAUAAAUGCUGAAUUGACAGCAAAUAAAUUCAUUUGAUAGGACCUGUCCUUAGAAGGUUUCAACCAGUGCAAGGGAAGCUUUGAUUCCCUUAAAAUGUCACCCCCCCCAAAAAAAGAAAAAGUGGUGAAAUACGUACGGCUGUGUGUACAUUUCAUUAACUAAAUACGCGCUAGAAAGCCCUCAUCUUUUGUUCAGAAUCAGCUUCUUAUCACACUGUGAUAAGAAGCUGUUAAUCACAGGUAACCGGCACAACUUCGUUCUCAUUCAUCCUCGCAGUGCCUCAGCGCUUUAAACAGCCGGACGCUCAGAGUCUGCUGACUUCAAUGUGGAAGCUCAAAGUGGGUUGUUCCAGCAGCGAAACUAGACGCUCAUUGGAUAAAUGCUGGGCUUUGUCCCGCCCAUCGGACGCUCAGCGUCUCUGGAGUUCUCUGGCGAGAGGGCGGUCCCAACUUUCUGGCGGACGCUGAGCUUCUGCAUCCAUGAUUGGAUGAGCUGUCUGAGGCGAAACCUUUUUUUGAUUGACAGCUAAACAAGCGAAUCAGCAAUCUUGAAGAAUAAAACAUCUACCAGAGCAUUUUCCAAGUUAAUCAUUCUGUUGUUCUUAACUGCUCCGGAGACUUUACCGAUCCUCAGCGACUUUUGUCUUUGUUAAAAACGACUGCCGUUGUGUUUGGCGACUCUUUUCUGUUACAUACAAAUAAACAAACACAAUUAUGAUGUAGGCGAGAAAAAUGAGCUUCCCCUCAUUGAAAGACCAGCAGCCGCCACUGGUGUAAACUGAUAUCAUCCAAUUCAUAGGUGAGGAAAAUAUGCAGCUCUGCUUUCAGUGCAAAUGUGUUUAUUGUAUGAUGCAUGCUUGUAAUGUUGACAUCUUUGAGAUCCAUCUGUUUAUUAUCAAAUAUCAUCAAGUAAUGGGUUUAUUUGAAACUCCUGCCAUAUGGUGAAACGUAAAGUCCGUUAUUUUGCCUCUGUAUUUGUGUACAAUCCUGUGUAUUCAUGCUUAUACUCAGUCAGCAGUGAAAGAGGUUCAGUGACCCUUCUAUAAUACAGCAUGUAUAUUGUACUCACUGUAACUGUGGGGUUUGUAUACAUGGCUAUGAUCUGAAACAUGUUCAACAGUAUUAUCAGAAAACUCAACUCAAACCCUAAUCUGAGCAGUUAUCAUGUUUAGCUCUUAUUGAGACGAUGUAUUUUCUGUCUUUGGCCUAACUUUAUUCCAGUAGUCAAUGGUGGAACAAUUACCUUCACAGCAGUCAUUUUCAGAUCAUUAUUUGCUCUUCUUGUACAUUUUGGACUUUUUUUCAUAAAUAAUGUGCACAGGAGAGGGAGCCCUAUUCUUUUACUCUGCCUGUAUUUUCUUUUCCCUUGUGUGAUUUUUUUUUGUGCUUCAUUUUCAUUUAUCUAAGGGUAAUUAAACAGUUGUUAUGCUCUAAAACUCUUAGGCAAGUGUGUUAUUUGCUAUGCUUAACUUUUCAAAUGAAAUAAACUUACUUAUUUCUACACAGAGUUUAAAUAGCUAAAUAAUAAGUAAAAGUUGAUCAUAAAAGAUUAAUUAUAUGGCAACAAAAGGACUUGGAGUUAGGCUGUAAACUGGAGUAGUUUAAUCCAUCUAUCCUUUAUAAUUUCACCAUUUAUCCUUCACUGGGUUAAUGGGGGGGGGGGUCUAAAAAUCGUUUAUUGUAAGUGACAAAGUGACGCAGUUCUUACAGCAAUCUUAAUUAUCACCAAAGAGCCUUUCUAAAUUUAUAUCACAACAGUGACUGCAAUAAACUACUGUGAAGUUCUUAAACCUUAUCAUCAGGACACCUCUCUUUAUAAUGUAACCUUGUGUCAGUACACAGUAUUUGAUAAGAAGCUGGUCCUUCCUGUAAAGAACUAUGAUUUGGUAUUAGCCUUUAAGUGUUGUUUAGCUAAGAUGUUUAUUUCUAGUUUGAGUUAUAAUAACCAUUAUAGCUAAUUUAACUUUUUGAAUUAACAUUCAUUUAAACUGUAUCUUUGUCUUGAUGUGGAAUUACACAAACUGCCAAACAGAGCCGGGAGUUCCUCCUUCAAACCAGCAGGUCACCUGCAUUCAAAUUCUGGUAUAGUUCAAAGCAAUCCUUCACCCUCAGGGAUGGAGUUAUUGCUAUCCUAUUCAAAACUGCCUGUGUGGUCGAAAGUUAAAUUGUACAGGGAUCAUUUGUGAAAGAUCACCUGAUAUUUACAGGCAUGACUUCAUUUGAUUUGUGUGUAUUUGCCUGUGGCUCUGUCCUGUAUGACUCUGCUCAUACUUCAGAUUGUCCUCCCUGUAAAACUGUCUUUAAAGCUGCAGUGUGUGGUGAUCACCGGUAUUUACAAGAAAUGGAAUACAGCAUUGAUAAGUAUGUUUAAGUUAGUGCUGAUCAAUUGAGAAUAAAAUUGUUUUGCUAACUUCAAACAAGUCCUUCAUAUCAACAUAAGAGUAGGCCCUCUUUUCUCAAAAGAACAUAUAUUAUACACUUCAUAACACCUUGAUGGAGCAAAGGGCCAAUGGAGAUGUACUGCUCUCUUCGCUGCAGGACAAAAAGAUUCAGAAGAUCUUUUGUACCCACAGCCAUCAGACUUAACAAUUCUUCUUUAAACAGUAGACGACUUGAGACGUGACACAUGAGACUACAGACCAUUAAAUUUCCCUUCAGGGAUCAGUAAAGCUCUCAUUCUUCCUAUUCUUCUUGUACUGCCACCUUGCAUCAUCAUGUUUCUACCAUAGCCAAGAACAGACAGCCAAGUAACACAGUGGCCACAAGAAAUGUACCAGUUCUUCUAUACAGUAAGUGGUUGAAAGACAAAGAGAAGAUAUAAUAUACUCAUUCUCUAAAACAUUUUUUGCUAUGGUUGUUGUUUGCCAACUUAAAAAUACUGUAUUAAGUAUGAUACUGCACUGUCUUUGCAGUGACAACACUAUGAGGCUGCAGGGAAGACAUGUUCAACAGUUUGACUCUGUGACCAUUUGAAAAAAGGCAGUCGGAGACUUUCAUUAAUAGGAUAUUAAUCAUGUUUUUACUGUAACAACUUGAUACCAUUGAGCUUGUUUACUAGUUCUUGUCAUCAUUUUUAAGUUUUCACAGUUUUCGUUUUUCUUUUUUUUAUCAAAGGCAGUACAUCCAAUUUCAUAUGAUUUCAGAAACCAGGACAGGAUGUUUAUGUCACCUGAUCAUGGCUUGGAUAUUUGGGUAAAUGUAGUAACACUGUUCUAUUUUGAAUCUAUUGCUAUUGCAGUUUUAGUGUGCUAUUAAAAAAUGUUCCCCUUUUCAGAGUGUUAUCAGUCAUGCAGUGUUUUCAGUCAGAUCAGUCAAACAAAGUGAGUUUUGUAAGUAUUCAUUUCAAUUUUAGGGAAAAAGAAACUUCUAUUUUUUAUACCACUCUGAUUUAUCACAGGAGCAAGUUUACUUGUGAUGAUUGCUGGGCCCUGCAUGUGGCAUUCUGUUGCAGCAGCGUAGAUGAACUUUGCAUACUGAUUUGUGUGUUCUCCACCAAGCAUUAAUAAGUUUCAAUUUAUGACACCUAAUGUACUCUCAAAUUCAUGGAAAUGAAGGGUUUAGCUAUCACCUGUGUCUAUAUGUUAAUAAAAGCAGGGACCAAUUCCCACUACCGUCUGCUGGCUUUAACAAUGAGACAGUAUCUUGCUUGUGUUUGUCUUCUGGGUACUUUUCUUCAUGCUCUGGCUCAAUGUUCUGUCCCAAGCUCAGAGUUUCAGCUGGAUGGAGAUUUUUUGAUAGGUGGGCUUUUUGAUAUCCAUCAUGUCAGUGUCCCUGGUUAUCACGACAGACCAGAAGCUACCGAGUGCUCCAGGUGAGUCUUAGUUUGAUGUUGAUGCCAUGAACUUAUUAACACAAUAUUGAAUGGUUUUAUCCAAUAAAUAGCCUGUUACAUGAUCAAACUGCCCUGCCAAGCAAUGCAUAACUAUGCAUAUUUGGCAGAGUGUCACUAUGUGCAAAAAUUAUGAGCAGCACUAAGAAAACAUAUCAGUAAUUCAUAAUUUUCCAAGCUGCACUAACAAACUGUUCCUUAAUCCUAAACUACUGUUGUCCUGUUUUCUCAGUAAACCCAUCCUUCUUCCAAAUUAUCGGAGGUUUCAGUUGAUGAGAUUCUCUAUAGAACAAAUCAACAACUCUUCCAGCCUGCUGCCUGAUAUAUCCCUUGGCUAUGAGAUGUUUGAUCACUGCUCAGAUACACAAAACUUUCCAGGAAUUUUUAACCUCAUCUCAGUCAACAGACUGAUCCUACCUUGGGCUGAACCUCACAAACAACAAACAAAUGAUUCAGAUGUGUCCAAAGUGAUUGCAGUGGUUGGUCCUUUUACCAGCACUCAGGCCCUGACUGUAGCCCCCUUCUUGAUGACAGACCUCAUUCCUAUGGUGAGAUAAAGAAAAAGUGCUGCAUUAUACAGUCCUUACUUUUUUAUUAAUUUUGAAAUUUUCUCUCAUUUGACAUUGUCACUGAAUUGUUGUUUUUACCUUAUGACAGGUCAACUAUGGAUCCUCAAGUUCAGUCUUCUCAGAAAAAGCCAAAUUCCCCUCUUUCCUACGAACAGUGCAUCCAAACAAAGAUAUCAUGGAAGUGAUUGUCAGUAUUUUGCUACACUUCAACUGGCAUUGGGUUACUUUCUUAUAUAGUGAUGAUGAUUAUGGUAACGAUGGAGUGGCCACGUUCAGGAAAAUGAUCAAAGACACAAAGAUCUGUCUGGCAUACAGCAAAGGUGUCAAUGAUAACACUAGUUAUUACCAGAUAUUCAACCAGAUUGAGGCACUGAAAAUACAUGUUAUUGUUGCUUUUGCUCCAAAGUUGCCUGCUGAAGCUCUCAUUAUGUCAGCGAUACAACUCAAUUUCACACAGAAAGUGUGGAUAGCAGGAGAUGCAUGGUCCUUAAACGAGAGGCUCCCCAAGGAGGAGGGAAUCCAAAAUAUUGGAACUGUACUUGGAGUGUCUCAACCAGUGGUGACAAUCCCUGGGUUCUCCGAUUUUAUCUACUCUACUAAAUGCCAGACCUCUUCUGAAAACCUACAAAAACCAAGGUUUUGUAAUCAGGUCUUCAACUGCAGUAGCUAUAGUGCAGAGGAAAUCCUUUCUGUCGACCCAUCAUUCUCUUUUCCUGUUUACUCUGCUGUGUAUGCCAUGGCACAUGCCUUGCAUAAUACCUUGCAAUGUGGUGAUGGCCAAUGCAAUGGCAAUUCCACAGUGUACCCACACAUGGUAAGUAUAAAUUUGAAUUUUGCUUCUUGGGGUUCUAACCUUUGGACUUUGGAUUAGUAUCUUUUCAUUUAACUUCAUUUCUUUCAAACAAAAAAUUCCCUACCACAUGACUUUUUUGUACCUACAUCAGGUUCUGGCAGAGCUAAAGAAGUCAAACUUCACACUUUUGAACCAAAGUAUUGAAUUUGAUGAGCAUGGUGAUCCUAAGUAUGGUUCUUACUCUUUUGUAUUCUGGAACCACAGUGGUGAUGCAGAGGAGAUUGGUUUUUAUAAAUUUCACCCCUCCAUCAACUUCUUCAUCAAUGACAGCAAAAUUCAGUGGUUCACAAAUGGAGAAGUGAGUUUUGUUUUUGUUUCUUUUAUUGGAUAUGUGAAGUGAAAAUAAUGGUUGUGUGUCAAGAGUUUGGUGAUAUGGUGAUGAAUAAUACUUUAUGUGCCUUUCCUUUUCACUAAGUAAAACAUUAAAGAAAAUGGCUUUGCCUAAGAGUUAAUAUUUAUCACUCAUUGUUUUAUGGUUUUGUUUACUUACAAAGAAAGAAUCUAAACAAGCCAUUUUACUGAUGUGUAAUUAAUUGUUUUGUGCAGGUGCCUACUUCCCUAUGUUCCAAAGAAUGCUCUGAAGGAUACGUAAAAGAGCAAAAUGGGAUCCACCAAUGUUGCUUCACCUGUAAAAUCUGUGCAAAUGGGACUUAUAUCAACAGCACAGGUUAAGUAUCAAAAAAAUGAGGGGAAAAAAUCCCUCUUAAAACCACUAUGGGGCAAUGUACAGGGCUCAUCAGUGUUUGUUAAAUGGGUGGGGUAGCCCCAUUGAGCAGUGUAGCUGAGGCACCGCCGAUGUACUGCAGUAACACAUUCUUUAAAUCUGUUUGAGAUUAAAAUCCAAGUUUAAGUUGAUUUAAACUAAUACACAUAUAAUUAGCUAAUUACCAGGACAUGGCACUGUUUCAGGCCUGGCUAAGACAACCAUUAUUAUGACAGUGACAAUAUAAAAGAGUUGAAGUGUGACAUUGUUAACGUGAUGUUUCAGAGGACACAUUUUUAAUGUAACCUUAACUAAAUUGUAUUUCUGUCCUUUUUACAUGUAAACCAGAGGAUCCCUAUAAGUGCAUCAGGUGUAAGGAAACAGAGUGGUCUGCAGAAGGAAGUACAUCAUGUAAUCUGCGGUCAGUGGAGUACAUCCCGUUCACAGACAGUGGGGCCAUACUCAUCAUGUUUGGGUCUGUAGCCUUGGAGGGUCUCACAUUGGCCAUGUCUGCUCUCUUUGCCAUCAACUACAACACGCCUGUUGUCAGAUCUGCUGGAGGACUGAUGUGCUUCCUCAUUUUAGGCUGCCUCACUCUGUGCAGUCUUAGUGUUUUCUUUUACUUUGGUAAGCCAUCAUCUACUGAUUGUAUUUUGAGGUCUUUGCCAUUUCUUUUGUUUUACACAGUUUGUCUUGCCUGCUUUGUUGUGCGCUCUUUUCAAAUUGUUAGUAUUUUCAAAAUGGCUGCCAAGUUUCCAAAGCUCUACAGUUGGUGGAUGAAAUAUCACGGACAAUGGCUGAUCAUCACGGUGGCAUUUGUUUCUCAGGCAUUCUUACUCCUUAUUGUCUAUUUAUAUUCUCCCCCCAAACCCUACAAUGAAACAGUCUGGAAUCCAAAAGAAAUCAUACUAAGUUGUGAAUCCAUAUUCCUACCAUUCUCUGGCUCUGCCAUUUUGAUUGUAUUUUUGGGCUCUCUCUGCUUCAUUUUCUCCUACAUGGGCAAAGAUCUCCCCAAAAAUUACAAUGAAGCCAAAGCCAUUACCUUCUGCCUGCUCCUGCUGAUCCUCACCUGGAUCAUCUUUGCCACCAUUCAGGUGCUUUACCGUGGAAAGUACAACCAAAUUCUCAGUGCCCUGGCAGUUCUCUCCAGCCUUUAUUCCUUCCUGUUGUGGUAUUUCUUCCCAAAAUGUUAUAUUAUCAUUUUUCAACCUCAAAAAAACACACAGCAGUACUUCCAAGGUCUCAUUCAGAGUUAUACCAAAACAAUUAGCCAGUAGAAAACUGAGGAAAAGGUGAGUGUUACAGGUGUAAUUUGGUGCAGAUAUGAAGCUGACACAUCCAUUGUUCUCCCAACAUUUCACUGUAAGAAGACAAUAAAACACAAAUAGUGUCUUCUGAACCUCCUCUGUGUCUCUGCUCCCUUACUGAUGCUACACAGCACUACUGGGAUCCAAAAUAUGUGGACAUAAAAACAUUAUAUUGGCUAGCACAACAGUGACACCUAGCGGGCAAAAUAAAUACACACAUCCUGCAUGGUUUCAUGCCUUUUCCUAUAAAACUCGAGCCAGGCAUUGCUAGACCCACCAACCAGCUCAUGUUUUGUCUGACAGCUGAUCUGCUCCAGCAAUCACAGGUAGACUUAAAUUUAAAGUCAUUAUGAGCUAAUUUCUCUGGUUUUAUCUCACAAGAAAAUGGGCCUGCCUGAAAAAAAUCACCUGUCAACCAGUCAGUCAUUAAAAGUGUGUACUCUGUACAUUAAAAUAAAAUAAAAAAACAGGCUGUCUUUUUUAAGCUAGUCAUCUGUCACCUGCCCCCUCACGCUGGUUUUCUGCUCUUAAAAUAACAGUAAAAAUUCAUCAAUAUUGUCAAUGAUGGUCUUGUUUGCUGCUGAAUUUCAUAAAAAGUCAUCAAUAUGAAUUUCAGUCAGUUUCAUAACAUAUAAAACUCCUCAUAGGAGCUUUGAGUAAAACAAAAGUUUUCAGGGCUCUGUACUUUUGCUGUUUGUUUGUUGAAGUUGCCAUUUCGGGUGCCAAGAAGACAACAUAGGCUCAAUGGACUGCAUCAGUGUUACAAAUAACUACAGUGUCUCCCCUUUCUUUUCUGUGUUACUAUAGCUUUAAACUCCAAACAGUAAAAGGUUGAAACAAAUAGCAUUCUGGCUUCACUUAUCUUUAUAAUCAGAUGUUUGCUUGUUAUAAUCUUGACUUCCUCCCUGUUGUCAUGGUUACUCAUUUUCAAUACUGACUGAUAUGGAGCCACAUACAUUGAGAAUGGUGAAUAGAUAGUCCAACUGGAACUUACUCCUUGGAAGUUCAGUUCUCAGCUCUUGACACCCUGUAGCCAACUGGCUAAGAACUAAGAACAUCAAACUAAAUAUAAUUAUAAAACACUAAGAAACAGCUUAAAUAUCAUUUAGAAAUAAUUAGAUAAAUAGAAUAAACAUAACAUGUAAAAUGAGAACUAAAACAUAUAAAUAAGAUGAAAAAAAUACAGAUACAAAUAAGACAUUAGUUGAAAGCCAAAUUAAAAAGGUGGAUCUUGAGCCUAGUUUUAAAAAUAUAAAGAUUCUCUGUUGCCCCUCAGGUCCUCUGGCAGGCUAUUCAACAGACGGGGGCCAUAGUGCUAGAAAGAUGCCUUUCCGUAUGUCCAUGUUCUCGCUUUGGGGACUGUUAAAAGGGCCAGUCCCAGAGGAUCUCAGGGUCCAUGAGGGUUCAUAUUGUAAAAGCAAUUCUGAAAGAUAAGAAGGUCGAAGACCCUUAAGACAUUUAAAAACCAUCAAAAGAACCUUAAAAUUGAUUCUAAAGCACACAGAGAGCCAGUGCAGUGAUUUUAAAAUGGUGUAACGUGUGCCCGCCUUCUGGUCUUCGUCAGCACAAGUUUUGCUGAGUUUUGUUACACUUGUAAACUUGCGAUGUUUCUUUUUGGAAGACCAGAAAGCUGGGCGUUACAAUAGUCUAGAUGACUGGAGAUAAAAGCAUGCAUUAGCGUCUCUGUGUUAGCCUGGGAGAGAAAAAGGCCGACUCUGGCUAUGUUCUUUAAAUGAUAAAAUCAAUUUUUUUCAUGUUUUUGUUAUGUUUUUAAUAUGUGGAAUAAAAGUCAGCUCAGAGUCAACGAUGAUGCCCAGACUUUUUACCUGAUUUGAUGGAAUUAAAGACAGGGUUUUCAGUUUUGAUAAAAGUUUUUCUCCCUGAGCCUUAGGAUCGAUAAUUAAAACCUCAGUUUUGUCCUGGUUGAGCUGUAGGAAGUUUUCUGCCAUCCAGGAUUCAAUGUCUAGGAUACAGCUAAAAAGGGCAUCAAUUGGCUCUGUGUCAUCAGGAGACAUGGAUAUGUACAGCUGUGUGUCAUCAGCAUAGCUGUGAAAAGUGAUACCAUGGCGUCUGAUGAUAUCUCCCAGUGGAAGCAUAUAUAAAUUGAAUAGUACGGGACCUAAGAUUGACCCUUGGGGCACACCACAUUUAAUGCUAUGAAUUCCUGAAGAGCAUGUGUCCAAACUUACAAGAAAUUUACGAUCUAUGAGAUAGGAGUUAAAUUUUUAAAAGGCAGUAGCAGAGAGGCCUACAAGGUGCCUUAGUCUAUUUUAAAUAAUUGUGUGAUCUACUUCCCAAGUUGCACCUAAGAGGUCAAUAACAAUUUUCAGUAGUGCAGUCUCUGUACUGUGGUUUGUCCAGAUUGAAGUUUUUCUAGGAUGGAAAGGUUAUCUAAAAAAAACAAUCAACUGAAUAAAAACAAGUUUAAAAAAAAAAUGCUUAAAAAUGGUAAGUUGGACACUGCUCUGUAGUUAUUGAGAACAUUAGGGUCCAAACUGUUCUCCUUCAGAAGUGGUCUCACUUCUUCCGUUUUAAGGGCAGCAGGGAAAGAGCCUUCUACUUUAUUAGAAGCAGUGUUUUGAAUAGAUAAAAUAGAGGAACGUAUAGAAUCAAUUUUACCCCUGAAGUGGUCUGUAAAACCUUCCCAAAGUGUCUGAAGGAGUGAUCUGAUAUCUAUUAAAACCCAGGUUGAUUAAAAGAUCAAUAGUACUAAAGAGGAUUUUAGGGUUGUUUUUAUGAUCAGUGAUUAUAUUAGUGAAAUAGGUGGAUCUUGCCUGCCUGCGAGCAUAAUUGUAACUUUUCAGUUGCCCACAGUAUAUUUGAUGAUUAACUGUAAUUUUAUUUUUCCUCCAUCCCGGUUCAGCUACCCUGCAAUUUCUUUUUAGUUUUUUGAUUUCUUCAUUUCUCCACAGAGAUGUGCGCUUAGGCAGUACCUUUUUUGUUGUCAGUGGAGCUAUGAGGUCGAGUGUUGUUUCGAGUUUGUUGAUAAAAUUUUGAUCAAUAAAAUCUCAGGAGGCAGGUAAAGUAGCUGAGUGAUGCUUGCUCAAGAUUUCAAUAAAGUUUGCAGCCACUUCUGAGGUAAAAUAACGUUUCCUGACAGUUGACAUCGAGGUCUACCGCUGAAUAAAGCUGGUAUUAAAAAAUUAUUAAAAAACACACAAUAAUGGUCCGACACAGCCAGGUCAACAACAGAGGACACACUGGCUGACAGGCCAUAGCUGAGGACUAGAUCCAAAGUGUGUCCUCUGUUGAUUCGGCUGUGUGACAUGUUGUUUAAAAUCCGAGCAACUCAGUAGAUUUAAAAACUCUUUUGCCAUGUAAUCAGAUGGAUUGUCUAUGUGUAAAUUAAAAUCACCAGAUAUAAUAAUACAAUUGUAAGUGGCAUGAAUUAUUGCUAAAAACAGAGUGAACAUGAGUUAUGUAACGGUAGGCCUGAUAGAGAUACAACAGACAAACAUAAUGGGAAAUGCGUGUUGUUUGAAAUUGUUGUUCACAAAUCCUACCACACGAUGGCACUACCUACGAGGUGCGACGACACGCCUGAAUUAUUUUACUUAUGUCAGUAGGCCUGUUUCACCAAAAUGAGAGUCGUGUGAUGUGUAAGCCGUUUUGAUGCCCGCUCUUCAUGCUAGAGCCUGUUAACUUUAUAACUCUAUAACUGCUAACUCUCUUUGACAUAAGAAAGGAAUGAGGAGCUCACUGCUGGUGAAUCAUUACAGCACCACUGGAACAAAAGACGUGAUAAAAAAUAAAGAUUUACACAGUUUUAAUCAUCACUACGGACUAUGUAGCGUAAGAUGGAGACAAGUUGUAUAUCUUCUUUAGCAUGCGCAUUUACUUCUGUCAAGAGCCCACCACCAACACCAAAUAAGUGAUGCAUCAGGAGCGCUGAUCCGAGAGAACACCGGCGGUAGACCUCCUCUGUCUGCAUUUGAAAGUCAGUUUCACGCCGUGACGCUCAGUGAGGCUGGGGUGACACACAAAGUAAAAACGGAAAGAGCCUUACCGCAGGGGGUAUGUGACCAUUCCAGAGGGUAAAUUGCCAUUUUGUUAAAGCUAUUCAGUUUCCUGGCAGUGAGAAGGGGAGGAUGGACCGUGAAACUAGGAACGAAUUGGUAAAUAGUGCCACUUAGCAUGGCAUAUGGCACGUUUGGUGGGGCGAAUACUGAUACCAACAAAUUGACAAUUUCAUACCAAUUUCAGACUUACAUUUGCCACACACGUUGUCCCUCAGAAUUUUUGAAUUUGCCUAUAUCCACUUGUCUAAAUUUCACGGUUUAUUUUGUAAGCAUAAUUGUUUACCGAAAAUGAUCAUAAUAACCAACUAAAGUAAUAUGUUGAUAAAUUCUUUAAAAUGUGAGUUUGUCGAGCUUGAAAUGACACGGUUUUGAAAUUAACCAACCACUUAAGAAAACCGACGGCGACGCUAGCGCAACCUUUUUUAUGGAAUGUGAAACGUCUUAGAUUUAUCAUAAAAGAAAUUGUAACUUCAGUCAAUAGGCAGCGUUUCUGCUGAGGGGUCACAUAUUUCUGUUUAAUAAAAUAUGGAGCGAGGAAAAUCGGAGGAACGCCCCGUGUCUUUCACUUGUACCUUUCAAUUUUCCACUCCGGUCAGAUAAAGAGAAAACCCUGGGAAAAAAACUUGGCCAGCAACUGGUCCUUCUUUUUACUGCCAACACAGAAACAAAACGACCAUAAGUGAGGACCGUUUGUGUGUGGUGGCCAUAUGGGAUUUGCCUUAAAAGUGUCUGCUUUAGAAAUGUCUCUCGCUUGAGGAGAUGCUGCUGUUGACAGCUCAGCUAUUCUCCUUAACUUUAAUGAGCCGUUUUUUUUUCCAGGCUUCAGUCUAUAAUCAUCACCUCUUAUGUUUGGAAUAUGACACAGUGAACUGAAACAACACAACACCCUUGUCCCCCUUUUUAAGAAAGGGGAAAUGAUUUACGCACAGCGUUAAUGGCUAAAUGAUUUCAUGUUGAAGUUGCAUCCAUCUCAAACUGAAGCCCCUGUCAGCAAUGACAACAAGUUUCAGUUAAUAUUUAGACAUUAGCUUUUGUUCUAGACUAUUAUUUGGUGCGCAAAGCCUGGCAGUGUGUGUAAGAGGUGGGUUCCAUCAAUAAGAGUGCACUUUCCCUCAUAGCCAUAAACUUAUCAAACCGAAACAACCGGGUGUGAGGAGGACUGUGGUUAGACAAGACCCGGUUGUCAGUGCAGAGGGAAAAUUUCACUUAAAAAAGCGCAACUCUCAAACCAAACCUUUCAUUUGGGUUUGGUUAAAUGUGUGAUGGGCUAACUGUUGUUUUACGCGCGGGUAAAUACUGUGCUCCAGAGGGUGCUCAGUUAUUCUUAUUCAAAUCCUGCUCAAGUGGUUCAGAGUAAAUGGCAGAUGUUUUGUAAUUCAAGGCGCAUCAAUACCCAUGCGCUUUAGUCUUUAACAAUGGCGCUCCUCUUUUGUUUGCCUCUUCUGUCUCUCCGUUCGGACCCUGACAAAGGCUUCAUCCUCCAUCGAGUUAUAAAGUUACUUUCCAGCCAGUUCAUUCGGCUCUUGAGAAAACCCUAAGCGAUGUUAAUGUGCACCUCUGGUCUUUUCAUGCUGCAACCCCGGCACACACAGGCAAACCACGGCCUUUGUGUCUCCAAACUGAAGUGAGAAGUCUUUAAAUAACCCGAUGACCAGUCUAUAGAAAUUCAUGAUGCUUUUUCUAUUUGAUCUAUUUGAUCAGCAUUUCGACAACAGGACUGUCGCGUGGCUUUUUAAACACCCUGUCUAUAUUUCCAAAAAGUUUCCACUGCACCUGUUCAUGUACCUGCUCUCUUUACUGUGACCGUGUUACCCACAAAGAGCUUUUAGUCACACCAGCACUGCCUUCGGUCUAUCUGAAUGGAAGGCGGUACAUCGAUUUGCUCCGCUCAUGUGUCCACCAAAUUAUGAGCCUGUGUGCGCAUCUUUUCAACUACCAACUGAUUCAAGCGUCAAACUUUAAAGGGAUCUCAAAAUAUAGAAAGGAAAGCCACCAAACAUUAGUCAUUUAAAACUGUGUUUUGCAAAACCUAGAAUUAAAACACCUGUAAUAAUUAAAUAUUUUCCAUGUGUAGUCAUAUUACUUUACUUGAAUGUAGCCAAACGCAGAUGCCUUGAACUAAGCUUUUCUCUAAUAUCCCUCAGGGUGCAGCUUAGGUUGUUUUCUGUUGAAGGAGUUCAAAACUAGACAGCGGAUCCGCUUUUAUUGUACUGUUUGGGUGCACGCCUAAACUUUGGCCCACAAAUGUUUCAGUUUCCUUUUAAGAAGAAAUAGUUUAUUGCAGUAAUUACAUAAUUGCUUCACUAAUUGUUGUUAACAAGUUCCCCAAUAGUCCAAUUAUUACAGCAGCAUUGUUAGGUCCCCCACGGCAAGCAUCCAUGACAAAGGUCCAAUAAGGUUAAUGAAUGACUAAAGGCUGAAAAAGUGAAAGUAGAGCGAGAGGCCGUGCCCUUUCAUAAACAUACACUUAACUUGUCGUUUAAUGGCACUUUCUUUCUUAUAACCAACGAGGACACAAGUUUCUCGGUGUGCUAUUCUGAUGGAUGGAUGAGGACACCACUUUGAAGAGAAUUGAAGUGGAAUUGGAGGGAAACAGUUUUAAAGUGCAUCACUUUAAAUCCGACAGUCAACCCUUAUUAUAGGCUUCGGCAACACCGUCACCUUUGAAAUGUUAGUAAAUGUGAUUGGAAUACUUAGACUUUGAAUUAAUGUGACUACAGCAAGAGCACGGGAAUAUAUACUUUGAAUCCUUCUGCUCUAAUAACCGCAGGACUAUGUUGACCUCUUCCUAAGUAAAGGAGAACAGUGUCAAUAUUAACGAAGUUGUUAUUGAUUCAGACAUGUCACACUAUCCAUCAUUCGUGCGAAGAAAUAUUCUUUAAAAUAGAACUUCCCAUCAAUUAAUCUCUUCUCACAGUUAAUCUCUUUUCAUAUACCACCAUCUUCUUUUAUUUUGAAAGUCUCUGUUCCCUAAAGUGACCCCACAGGGAGAGAACACUAAUUGAAAUUAUACCGAAUAAUCAGCGGUGAAAUUUUACUCAGUGCCACAGAAUAACAAGACAGGCAACUGUUGUGAUGCCGACUCCAUGCUGAAAUCGGCGCUCCACGGUCCCGUGUUAAAAGCAAGCGUGAAAAUGCGGAUAAUGUGACGUCCAGAGCAGACAAAGCCACCAGAAAACUCACUUACACCAGCACAACUCGACCAAAUUUCAUACCAAUUAAAUCCCUCAGUAUAACACAACAUUUAUGUCCUGCACGCUUCCGGUACAUUUUACGCCUCUCACACAGCGCAUGUGUUUAUUGUCUGAUUGCACUAUAAGCUCUGACUUGAAAAUUGAUGUUUUUUCUUUUUCUUUUCUUUUCUUUUAUUCUAUUUUUUUGCGAGACCAACUCAGCGUCACCAAUCAACAACCGCACUGAUUAAAAUUGUAUGAUUUUGUUUAUUUAUUUCAGCAUAGACCUGCACUUGAAACUACAGUGAAAAAUUUACCUCGUUGCUUACUGAUGGCAAUCACCAAGAUAUAAUUUGAACACUGUUAAGAGAGCUACUGGUCAUGGUGACUGUGCAGAGUCUGGUGUAUCUCUGUACACAGGGAGCUAGGACAGAGUAAACCAGACCUUUUCUUUUCUCUCUUUAGGAGUAAGGGGAAUCUUUUGAUGCCCACACGUCCGUGGUCACAAAGCAGACCAGAAGAAUAGAUCAAUGGCUCGUUACUAUAAACUGACCUCUUUUCAUACGCCCUCCUCCAGACUGAAUAUAAAUGCCUCUUUACUCCAGCCUUCAUCCUUUUUAUCACACGCAUUGUGCUCUGAAUAAGUCCGGAGGACUUGGAGAGUAUAGAGAGCUUUUAAAGGCUUUGCUCAGUAGAGUCGCGUGGCUUUCAAACGCACAAUGUUCACCAACUUUUUCUCGUCCUGAAAAUACAAAAGCAACAAAUAAAAAUAUUUCAAAUCUUUGAAUUCAAGUGGACAAAAUAACUCCAUUUCAUCUACCUUGUGACCACAGAGCACAGCAUGCCGUAAGGUGGGGACUAUUGAUUCACUCUCAUAGCAGCCUAUGUAUCGUCACAUGGCACACAAGAUAGUCCUAUAGUCAAGAUAUUGUUUCAGCUGGUGGGACUUUCCCAAGCCUUCACUCCUUUCAGGAGGCAGUGUGGAAAAUCGGGAGGCGAGGGACCGAGGACAAGGGGCGGCCCGCGAUUUUCCUCGGUGCCUCAUCGCGCCUGGUAUGAAGACAAAAACUGACAACAUACAACAAUCAAAGAAUCUUGAAGAGUUAAAAAUGUUUAAAAUCACUUCUGCUUUUCCUGCUUAUAUUUUGCGACAUCGAUAUCCCUUUGAAAUGUCAAACGUGUGGUUUUUAAUAAUAAUGAAAAAAAAAAACACAGGUUAGAUCAAACAGAACUAUCAGGUGCAACACUUUGACAAGUGACCACCAGAAAAUCAAAAUGUUGUGGGGACACGCAGGGAAUUUCCACGGUGCUGCCUUCGACCUGCUGGCGUGAAACUCACAUAUAAAAGAUUGAAUACAGGAGUCAAUGGUGUCCACACCAUGCUCACCAAGUAGAACCACGGUGAUUACAGAUUAUGUUUAUGACUUUUACACUCCUCGAAAGUUUGUUUUGCCUCUCGCGAUGUUGUUGUGGAUUUUAGAUAGAUAGAUAGAUAGAUAGAUAGAUAGAUAGAUAGAUAGAUAGAUAGAUAGAUAGAUAGAUAGAUAGAUAGAUAGAUAGAUAGAUAGAUAGAUAGAUAGAUAGAUAGUUUGUUUGGUUGGUUGGUUGGUUGGCUGGCGCUGGCUGUCAGAUGAGGCAGUGUUGCUCAUUUGGGCGCAGAAGACAGGCGGGACUGUCUGCAUUGACAUGUUAAGUAGGAGUCUCUAUAUAAACCCACUCAAAGACACUCCUUCAGUCGUUUCUUAUGGAGGGAGAGAGAUUAACUUCAAGAAUAACGGAAGAAAAAAGUAAAAUGGUGGCGACAACAGACUGCGCGGAGAAGUCCAAAACCAUUGCUGGAAACAAGGUGUGUGGAUGAUUUUUUUGGACCUUGUCUGAAUAAUCAAGCAGUGAUUUCUGCAGGAUCACCCGGGUGUAAUGUAUUAAAUCUAGAUUUUUUUUCCCUCUCAACAGGUGUCCAAACCUCUGAUGGAAAAGAAACGGAGAGCACGCAUCAACAAGUGUUUGGAUCAGUUAAAAUGUCUCAUGGAGAACUACUACAGCAGCAGUGUAAGAACGGUGUAAUAGAAGUUAUUGUCGUUUUUGGAGUGACUUCCUCAGUCAAAUAUCAGCUGUAAAUUGGCCAGAUAAUUAAAAACAUAUCUUCUUCUGCAGAUUCGAAAGCGCAAACUGGAAAAGGCUGAUAUCUUGGAACUCACAGUGAAACAUCUCAGAAACCUGCAAAAGAUCCAGAACUGUAAGUUUGUACCUCACUAUACACAGCUGUGGAUCAGUUGUGGCAUCUUUACAUGCUUUGUUGAGUUUAACUGAUUUUAUGGAGACUUGAGGCUCACGUUAACUCACAGCUUCAGUGUGAAUCCGACGUUAAUGUGUCUCUGUUCUUCUUUUAGGCACUGCUCCUUCUGCCUCUGACUUUUCUGAUUACCAAAUGGGCUUCCGUAGUUGCAUGGCAAACGUCAACCAAUAUCUGAUGAUGGCGGACAACUUGAAUGGCAACGACAACUUGAUGUUAUCUCAGCUCCCAAGUCGCCUCUGCCGCUCCCGUCCACGGGAGGAAGUCUUCAGCACCAUGGACAGCGACCAGGGCCAGGCCGAGGCACGAGAUGAGGCGUCAAGGUUUCUUUCAUCUGCAACGAAACCUGAGGAGAGAAAGACAUUCACGUGGAAGGCUCUGAAAACCCACAGUACGAGUGUGUCUCCACUUUUACCCAGAAAAGACUCCCAGCAGCUUCAAGCAACCAAACAGGCUAACAGUGUACAGGCUCCCAAACCAAACCUCCAUGAAAACAGCUCCGGUAACAAGACGUGCCAUUCAACAAGUCACACAAAUGAAACUGCGAACACUCAGGGAAACGUGUGGAGGCCUUGGUAG